GCAGUCGAGGGCACGUGUGCCGAGUGACCGUUGGUCAGGCGGCGUCAGGAGAGAGAGAGCAGGUAUCUUGAAGUGAGUCGUGCUCCUGUUGCAAUGUCGGAGAAGAAAUUCCGCCCCAACUCCAAACCAAGGGCUCUUAACUGUGUACAGCAGAAACCACAAAAAGAUACCAGAAGAAGUGUCCAGGCUCAGUCACUAAAUUGCAUCUCAGAUGAUGCCUGCGACAUCAUAAUAAAUACUCGUGUACGUCCUAAUUUUACCAUUAGGAAGCCCAUGUUAGAAGAUAGCAUCUGCAGUUUACCAAGAAAAGGAAACUUAAAUUUUUGUGAGUUUGCCAAGGAAUGUUUUUCUGAUAUUAGUAACCCCGCAACGGUCAGUGGUGUGAGUGGAGGUCACCAGACAAAUGAUUUAAUCGAUACAAAGGCUACAACUGGAAUAUUGCCACAAGUGAACGGGGAAAUUCACCAAAAUUCACCUAAUCCUGGAGAACGAAGAUUGCAGCAUCAAAUAUCUGCUGUUGGAUUGUCUCCGUUUGAAUCAACUGAAGGCGUUUGCACUAAUUACAGUCCUGAGACUAAAAUAUCUAGACAAUCACCAUUGCAAUCUUCCUUUGCAACUUGCAGUGUCUGUGGACUCCUAGGCGCAAAUCCAUAUGCCCAGUGUAAGCAAGUACGUUGUUCAGUAAAAUGUCAGAAGAGUGAUUGGCCAGUCUGCAGAUGUUCAUGCAAACUCACAAAAAUCAAUAAACUUGAAGAACCCCUAAGAGCACCCAAAGAAAAGAUGCUUCUGGAAAAGAAAGUGCUUAUGAAUACCACCAAAGCAUUGAUGGAAACCCCGAAAAUUCGAUUAGCUGACUUGAAGCCCAUAAAAUUGCCAAAAGAAUCAAAUCUACAGAUUGUUGUCACCGAGUUCAAGGACCCAAAUGAAUUCUUUGUGCAGAUCCUCACUCUGGAAAACUUUGAGAAUUUAAGGAGACUUGCUUCAUCACUGAAGGAGACCUGUGCAGAUGUGAAUAACCAAGACAAGUAUGUACCCGAAGAAGGAGAAAUUUGUGCAGCAAAGUUUUCAGUGGAUCAGGACUGGUAUAGAGCAUUAGUUGCUAGUGUGAAUAUUGUACAGGAGAAGGCACGUGUCUUGUACAUUGACUAUGGGAAUGAAGAAGUCGUACAACUAAACAGGAUAUGCCCACUCAAAAUAGAAAUGGGUCUUUCACCACCUUGUGCAAUGAAGUGUUGUGUUGCAAAUAUCCCAAGUCAUAAUAGUUGGUCUGAAGAGUGCAUCACAUCUAUCAAGCUCGAGGUUCUACAGAAAACGUGCUGCAUGACUAUUGUUGAAAAGCUGGAUGAUGGGUCUUGCUUUGCUGUGGAUGUGGAACUGCCUUCUGGGCAGUCUUUGCAGAAGUAUAUUUUAGAAAAAAGGUAUGCUGCAACUCAAGUUGAUGAAAAUAGCACAGAAGUUCUGUUGCAAACAACUUCAAUUAAUUCCUCUUGUGAUGAAGACAUGUUUAUCAUCGUGUCACAUAUAGAAACUCCAGACAACUUCUUCUGUCAGCAACUUGUCAGUAGAUAUGAGUUUCUACAACUGCAGAAAGGAGUGGCUAAAUAUUGCAGUAAUAUGCCUCCUGUACCAAGUUUUAGGCCUGCAGUUGGGGAAGUUUGCUGUGCUCAGUUCACUGAUGAUAACCAAUGGUACAGGGCUGCAGUGAUAGUUUACCUUCCUGAUGACACAGCCUUGGUGGGUUAUGUUGAUUUUGGCAAUGUUGAAAAACUUGAUCUAAACCGUCUCCGGCCUGCCCAAGAACAGUUAUUGGAGUUGCCGAAUCAGGCGUUAAAGUGUGCUUUGGCAGGUGUGAAGCCAGUGCAGGGUACUUGGUCCUUGGAAGCAGUAGUCAUGAUGAAAACCCUAGUGAUGAAUAAGUGUUUGAAAGCCAAGAGUGUACAGAAGAGAGAAAACCUCUUAGUUGUGGAUCUUAAAGAUGACACUAUUUAUCCGUUUGUUAAUAUUCGUGAGCGCUUGAUUGCAGCAGGAUUAGCUGUUGGAAUGGAGGAAGAGCUAACUGCUCCCAGGUUGGAGAUCAACAAUACUGGAUUACAGGUGGGAAGAAACCUGUUUGGGAACCUAUGGAAUCCGGCAGAAAUGCCUCUGAACAGCACUGUUCCGGUUAAAGUGAAAGAAAUAAUAAAUCCUGGCAAUUUCUACGUCCAGAUUAUAGAAGCUAAAGCAGAUGUGCAGAAGUUAUACUUGCUGAAAGCAGACCUGGCUGAACAUUGUGGAGCUCAACCAGAAAAUUUCACCUUCAUGCCUGAGGUUGGUGAGGCUUGUUGUGCAAGGUUUACAGCUGAUGAUAGUUGGCGCCGUGCAGUUGUGCUGAAUUGCUCUCAAUCUGCAGUGAAAGUGAUCUGUGCAGAUUAUGGCGUUGUGGAAGCUGUCUCGCUUGCAAAUAUCCAAAAUAUUAAACUCAGUCUUUUGGAACUCCCAUUUCAAGUGGCAAAGUGUACACUUUCAGGUGUUGAACCGGAAGGUGAAGCCUGGUCUUCUGCCGCCAGCGACUUGUUCAGAAAUCUUUUGCUGGAUAAAGUUGUUCUUGCAACAGUCAGAGGGUUUGAUGGAAACAUCCACGUGGUUAAUCUGAUUGGACAUCUUGAAGACACUGCUAUUAAUAUAGCUGAUAAAUUGGUAUUGGAAGGCCUGGCAAAAUACACUGACCAGAGAGUAACCAAACCAGCAGCAGCCCAGGGUCACAGAAAAUGCUGUUGCAGAGAAAUUCAAAAAACUGUGGAAGAGAUCAAGCAGCAACUUGCAGCAUUCAUGAAUAAAAAUGCCGGACCAAGAAUUUGAGCUUACAAAUUUGAAGGAGCCACAAAUGAAACCCAGAAGCUUCAGUUCACUGGAGAUCGAAUUUAUUAGCCAAUCCACUUCAAAACAGACCCAACCACAUCAAAGGGAGUUAAUGACGUUUCUGGAAAGCUGAAAUUACUGCAUAACCCAAAGACCUGCAACUCUGAAAGCAAAAAGAAAAACAGCGAAUACUGGAAGCCUGAAAUAAAACAAAUGCAAGAAAUCCACAGCAGUUCAAUCAACAUCUGAAAAAGAAAGAUUGAAUUUAUGUUUAAUUUAAUUUAA